UCAAAAAGAAAAACUCGAAAACGAGAAAAAUGGCGAGCUCCGAUGCUCUCUUGCCAAUCUCCGCCAGAGAAGAAGAGCCAUUAUGUCCCUACACAAGAUUACCCAUGGCCGACCCGAAUCAAGAAACCCAUGGCCGGAGAAGAAGACCCUUUAAAGGUCUCCUCGCCGUCUCAUUUGGUCUUUUGUUUAUCGCCUUUUACGUCGUUCUCAUCGCCACACACGACGGAUCUAGAUCCAACGACGCUGGGAUCCAUGAAACAAAGACGACAACGUCACGUGCACGUCUUGCUGGUGUGUCGGAGAAGAGUAACGAUGGGUUAUGGAAACUUUCCGGUGAUCGGAACACGCCGGCGUUUGAAUGGAACAAUAGUAUGUUGUCGUGGCAACGAACGGCGUUUCAUUUCCAGCCUGAGCAGAAUUGGAUGAACGAUCCUAAUGGUCCAUUGUUCUACAAAGGAUGGUACCAUUUCUUCUACCAAUAUAACCCAAACGCAGCCGUAUGGGGUGACAUUGUUUGGGGCCACGCCGUGUCUAGGGACCUAAUCCAUUGGGUCCAUUUGCCCAUAGCCAUGGUCGCUGAUCAAUGGUACGACUCCAAUGGUGUGUGGACCGGCUCAGCCACAAUCCUCCCUGAUGGCUCUAUAGUCAUGCUCUAUACCGGUUCCACCGACAAAGCCGUGCAGGUCCAAAACCUUGCCUACCCUGAGGACCCCAGCGACCCACUUCUCUUGAAAUGGGUCAAGUUCCCGGGAAAUCCGGUUCUAGUACCUCCGCCCGGUAUUCUCCCUAAGGACUUCCGUGAUCCAACGACUGCGUGGAAGACAUCAGAAGGAAAAUGGCGGAUCACGAUUGGCUCCAAGCUCAACAGAACUGGAAUCUCACUCGUGUACGACACGACCGACUUUAAAACAUACGAGAAACUGGACACUUUGUUGCACCGAGUUCCUAACACCGGAAUGUGGGAGUGUGUUGACUUUUACCCGGUGUCUAAGAUCGCGGACAAUGGGCUCGACACAUCGGUCAAAGGACCGGAUGUGAAGCAUAUCGUGAAGGCUAGCAUGGACGACACCAGGUUCGACCAUUAUGCUGUAGGCACGUAUUUCGAUUCAAACGGAACAUGGAUCCCGGAUGAUCCUACUAUCGAUGUCGGGAUGAGUACUAGUUUAAGAUAUGAUUACGGAAAGUUCUAUGCUUCAAAGACGUUUUACGACCAGAACAAGGGUCGAAGAGUCUUGUGGAGUUGGAUUGGUGAAUCUGAUAGUGAGGCUUCUGAUGUACAAAAGGGUUGGUCGUCUGUUCAGGGUAUCCCAAGAACCGUUGUCCUCGACACAAAGACAGGAAAGAACUUGGUUCAAUGGCCAGUAGAAGAAAUCAAAUCUCUUAGACUAAGCAGCAAGCAAUUCGAUAUCGAGGUCGGUCCUGGGUCAGUGAUACCUGUUGACGUGGGUUCCGCGGCUCAGCUAGACAUCGAAGCAGAAUUCGAGAUCAAGAAAGAAUCUCUCGACAAAAUCCUCGGAAACGCUUCCGUAAUGGCUGAAGCCGAAGAAUUUAGCUGCGAGAAAAGCGGAGGCUCCACCGUCCGUGGUGCUUUAGGGCCAUUUGGAUUCUCGGUUCUCGCUACUGAAAGCUUGUCAGAGCAAACACCGGUUUACUUCUAUGUAGCUAAAGGAAAAGAUUCAGAGCUCAAAACAAUCUUCUGCAUAGACACCUCAAGGUCAUCUGUAGCUAACGAUGUCGUUAAACCGAUAUACGGUAGCGUCGUACCGGUUCUAAAAGGGGAGAAACUGACCAUGAGAAUUUUGGUGGAUCAUUCGAUAGUAGAAGCAUUUGGACAAGGUGGAAGAACAUGUAUAACAUCAAGAGUUUAUCCGACAAGUGCAAUCUAUGGAGCAGCCAAGCUUUUCUUGUUCAAUAAUGCUCUUGAUGCUACUGUUACGGCGUCGUUUAGAGUUUGGCAAAUGAACAGUGCUUUUAUUCAUCCUUACACUGAGGAAGCUUUCCGUGCUCUCACCCCAAUUUCAUUCAGAACCCAAAAGUACGUAAACACCCCUCUCGUUCCUCGCUUAUCUCCUAUAGGAUCCCGUAGUUAUCCUCUACCGUUGAGGGCAGCGACGUCAAUUGAUGAAAUCCCUCCUAAUGCCGUUCGCCGGAAAAUAGACCGGAACUGGAGAGGUGGGUUCAGUCUCGGCGUAGAUUUAGGUUUAUCUCGAACCGGAGUCGCUAUUAGUAAAGGCUACACCGUUAAACCUCUCACGGUUUUGAAAUCUAGAGGACAAAAGCUCGAGACCAGGCUAUUAGAAAUUGCUGAAGAAGAGGAGGUUGAUGAAUUCAUAAUUGGGUUGCCGAGAUCUUCUGACGGGAAAGAAACGAUUCAAUCGAACAAAAUCCGAUCUGUUGCCGGACGUCUCGCUGUUCAAGCCGCCGAGAGGGGUUGGAGGGUUUAUGUAUUUGAUGAACAUGGAACAACAUCUGAAGCUUCAGACAGAAUGAUUGUAAUGGGACUUAGCAAGAGUGAAAGACAGAACGGAUCAGAUGCUUACGCUGCUGUGAUAUUGUUGGAGAGGUAUUUCUCUACACAAGGCUUAGGAGUUGAGAUUAUACUUCCCAAGAGUUUAGAGCUUCAAGCGAAGAUCAAGAACGGUGCACCUGUUGACCCCGACUUUAAUCCGGAAAACCUCGAAGAAUCUACGUACCAUUUUCAGAAGUACCCAUUGAGACGUCUACAGCUAAGUUCCCGUUCAAACUCAGAUAUCAAAGAUUCAUCAAACACAAGGGGAUUGAAUUGUUUUUCGAAAAGGGAAGGUUGUUGUUCCAGAGCAGAAUCAAACACGUGGAAGAGGAUCUUAUCCGCAGCAAUGGCGGCUGCGGUCAUAGCCUCGAGCUCCGGCGUUCCGGCCAUGGCAGAGCUUAACAGGUUCGAGGCCGAUACACGUGGCGAGUUUGGGAUUGGCUCGGCUGCUCAGUACGGUUCUGCUGAUCUCAGCAAAACAGUUCACUCCAAUGAAAAUUUCAGAAGAGCCAACUUUACUUCUGCAGACAUGAGAGAAUCUGAUUUCAGCGGUUCGACCUUCAAUGGUGCCUAUCUUGAGAAAGCAGUUGCCUACAAAGCUAACUUCUCAGGAGCUGAUUUGAGUGAUACAUUGAUGGACCGUAUGGUGCUAAAUGAGGCGAAUCUGACAAAUGCAGUGCUGGUCCGAUCGGUUCUAACCCGAAGUGACCUCGGUGGUGCCAAAAUCGAAGGUGCCGAUUUUAGUGACGCUGUGAUUGAUCUUCUUCAAAAACAGGCUCUGUGUAAGUACGCAAACGGGACAAACCCAUUGACCGGAGUGGACACGAGGAAGAGUCUUGGCUGCGGAAAUAGCCGGAGAAAUGCAUAUGGCUCGCCUUCUUCUCCUCUUCUCAGUGCACCGCCUCAACGUCUGCUCGGCCGUGAUGGAUUCUGCGAUGAAAAGACCGGUCUCUGUGAUGCCAAGUAGUUCAAAGAUGUUACAAAAUCAUGUAUGGUUACAAUGCUGAUAUAUCUUAUAAUAUGUUGUGCGACAGUAAUCAUGUAAUGUAUGUUUAUAGGAGUAUUGAAUUGUAA